UGAUGACGCGACGGAAAGGGGUCUGGCUACGCGAGGCUAACUUUACCCUAAGUUUGUUGUGUGAGAGUGUCGUGUUGAGUGAUUUCUCGUUUGUGAGUGAAACUGUAAAGAUUUGUUGUGAUUGAUGUGUUGAUGUGAUGUUAGAAUGAGUGAGACACACCAGACAUGAAUAGGAGGUUAGCAAUAGCAGUGACGGUAAACAAAGUUGAUAUGGUGGAAGCUCUUUUGAAUUCAGGAGCAUCACCUGAUGUGUGUGAUGUUGAUGGAUGGCCUGUACAUGUGUGUUGAAUGCUGAUCUCAAAGAGCCUUGACUAUUGGAGUGCGCGUUUGGGUGCGCGUCAAGCAAGUGCAUGUCAAGUUGAUGAUUUACAAAGAGAGUUGGAGCAGGUCAGAGAAAGCAAUCAAGCCAUUCAAGCAGAGAAAUCUGCUUUCCAGCAGCAAUUGGCUGAUCAGGAGGCUGUGACUCGUACUGUCACUGAUGAGAAUGAACGUCAAGUGGGAGAAGUAAGGAGAUUGCUGCAGCUCAUGCAGCAACGUGACGAAGACAACGAACAACUGCAAACAGCAGUUCAUGAGCAGGAACAUCUUUCAGCACAGAAACAGAGAGAAGCAAACAAGCUGCAGGAGGAAAUCACAAGAAUGGCAAAUCAGUUAGAUGACAAGGAGGUACAUCUGCAACAAAAGGAGGAAGAAUUGGAUGGCAAGACAAACACAAUAGAGCAACAGGGAAGCACAAUAGAAGAACAGAGAAGGCAAAUGAAUGUCUGGAGGCACGAGGUGCAAGAGAAGGACAUGACUAAUAAACGUCUGGCAAGAGACUUGCAGAGAAGUGAAAGUGCAGUGCAGGAGCUGCAACAACUUCAACAUCAAUAUGACAGCGUUAUACAGAUCCAUGAUGACAGUUUACACAUGACUGGAGUAAAGUUGGGAAAAGGAGCUUAUGGAGAGGUUGGUAUUGGCAUGUGGAGUGGUGUAGGAGUUGCUGUCAAGACAUUUCAUGAAGAACCGGUUAGAGUAGAUGAACUCAACAUUUCAUUUAUUCGACGCGAAGUGUCGGUGUCCAGUCGUGUCCAUCACCCCAAUGUCGUAUCCAUCUGUGGAGCUAUCAUUGACAAUGAAGUUCCUCUUCAUAUCGUCAUGGAGCUUUUGGAAGGAUCACUGAAAGAUGUGAUCAAAGCUGCUUUGAAAGCAGAUAUCUGUCCAUGA